AUCCGCACCACGCUUACCCCUCCCUUUAGGCAGCCAGCCCCACUUUACGAUAAGAGUGAUUCUCCCUUCUCCCAGCCUUCCUCCUUUUGUAACCCCAACACCUCUCAACUGGGCAACUGAUUCGUUAAAUCCAAUACCAAAAAGGCUUCCUUCUUGAGGUUCGUCCUUCUCCUAAAACGUGGUUCGCAGGACGUGCCUAUCAAGAUCUAUUAACGUUGAGGCGUAGUCAUCGGAAUCCCGAAUCCUCCUCCAUGCCUACUAGCAAGUACAAAAUCGUGAAAGACAGCUGGGGUAGCCGCACCAAUUUCCAGGCUGCCUACGGAUUGGGCAUGACGCCUGAUGACCUCAAGGAAGGAGAUAAUAUCCUCGAGGCGUUCCAAAGGAACGACGCGAGCCGUUCUCAGGAGGAUGACGAGAGAGGUGAGUAGGCUAUGAUGGCGGCAGUGCGGGGUGAGUCACACAAAUAAACUCGUUAAUUAACUCGCGCUUGUAGAGAUCGAAAGCGACUGGGUGAAGACGAAUAGGGAAAGGCAGGAAGCUGGGAGGCCAAGUGCGCCUAUGGAGCCAGAAAGCGACUGGGUCAAGGGGAAUAGGGAAAGGUACGAAGCUGGGGGGCGAAGUCUCUUGAAAGAGUAUGCUGCUCGACAGGUGGCGAAUAAGUACGGUUUUACGCAAACUGGCGAUCCGGAGAAUGAUCUGAUUAUCGCGAUGGGGUUGGAAAAUAUGAUGGAGGACGAUCCUGAAUUCAGCGACAUGUUUAGUUCGAGGGAACCUGCCGGCUCUUCGGGAGACACCGGAGGAGCCGAUAUGGCUCCUGAGGGGAAGAAGACAAAGAGACAGAAGAAGUUGGAGGCGCAACGGGAGAGUGCGAGAAGGUUUAACGCACAGAGACCCCCGGGGUGAGAUUUGUUAUCUGUGGCUUCGGGAGUUUUUCUUCCUCGGAUGGAUUAGUCGCACGUACAUUUUAAUGCUUUUAACGUACUUAAUGUUUUUUCCGCUAAACACCCAAUCACUCGGAAUGUAUGGUACUCAUUCUUUGGUCGUGUUACGCUUCGAAAUAAUUUUGCAAAAUGGCUCUAGACUCUGUCGCAAAUGUGCACUACUGUAUUCCCAUAACAAGAUAUCCAGAGCUGACCCCGGAUAUAGAUAUGAAGUCUAUUACAGAGUACGGCAAUCUGAGGCCGUGCAAAAUAUCUCAGACUUGUGCCCGAAACGCAAGCCCAGACUUCCCGCCACCAACGAUGUCCCGAUUUAGGUUCCUACCCUAAACUCCGAUACAGGCAUAGCCAGCAUAACCACCUAAGUUACAGACACAGACCCGAAAAAACAAAAAGAUCAAUCCCCAACCAUGUAAAACCAGACUCGAUAACCCCCUGCCUAUCUCCAAAAACACACCGAUAGCAACCCCGCCAUGAUUCUGCAAGAUAACCCACGAUCGAAAGCAUGCGCGGGUCCGAAACCUACCCUGCAGCAGAGCACGUUAGGUCAUUCCAGCUGAAUAUAUAUCCGUAUCACGGUGACAAGGCGGCAUUAAGACCACCCAAUACACAGCACUAGGCUCAAAGAAAGCCACACCCCCUCCGGUAUUUCCGGGAGGUGGUCGGGUGGUCUGGGUGUCCGUUGGAUGAUGCGCUCUAGCUGAACUUCAUCACGCUACGAGUGGUUGGAAGACUUUCCAGUUUGUGAUUUGUGGCCGUGCCGUGUGGGA